UUUUGUGCGGUGCUACAAUAUGGCGACUUCCACAUGGAAAAAGAAAACAACGUGUUUUUGUAAAAACUAGUGCUUUUAGAGAGAUUUUGUAAUUUCCUUCGUAGAAGUACAACAUGUGACAACACCGGACCGUAUAUUAAGUAUAUGAUGGGAGAGUUCCGAGUUCACCAUAUCCGAUUCUUUGAGUACCAACCCAAGGCCAUCCACUGUAUCGCCUACAACAAUGUUACAGAGAAACUUGCUGUGUCAAGGUCUGAUGGAACGCUGGAGUUGUGGAGUUCUAGAGACCAUUGGUUUCAGGAGAAGAUGAUACCAGGGGUAGAAGGCAAAUCUAUUGAAGCUCUCUGCUGGCAGGGUGAGCGUCUCUUUACAGCUGGACUGGACGGAUACAUCACAGAAUUUGACCUUCUGCGACUCCAGCCUAAGGCUAUCGCUACAUCUAAUGCUGGACCUAUCUGGUGUCUCACAUCGGAUCCCACAGGAACAUUCCUCGCAGCGGGAACAGAAGAUGGCUGUGUGGUAAUCUUUGACACAGAAAACAACACCCUGGAAUUCAAGAGAUCUUUUGACAAACAAGAAAGUCGCAUACUGUGUAUAGCUUGGCACUCUGCAGGAGAAACCAUAGUUACAGGUGGAAUUGACAAUAUCCGACUAUGGAGUGUACGCUCUGGCCAUGCUUACCAACGCCUCACUCUUGGACGGCAGGAGAAAAACAAGGAAACCAUUGUAUGGUGUUUGGCAAUCACAAGUGACAUGACCAUUGUGAGUGGAGACUCCCGUGGGAAAACUUCUUUCUGGAAUGGGGAACAAGGCACCUUGAUUAAGUCCUUCCUCAGCCAUAAGGCGGAUGUCUUCUGUCUGUGUGUAGACAAGACAGAGACGUCGGUUUUGUCGUCUGGAGUGGACUCCACCGUCGUCCAGUUUGAGUACACGUCCACACAGAAGGACAGCGACUGGAAAGUAUGGGUCAAGUCCCUUGCUCACUUCAGACAUACCCAUGACGUGCGCAGUCUUGCCCUCGCCAACGACCACAUUGUCUCGGGAGGGGUGGAUACCAACCUUGUAGUGUACAGAUUACAACUCGGAAAGAAAAAAAUGUGGCGGAAGCUGGCUCCGAUUCCACAUCAAUCAAUGGUACAGGUGGCCAGACAAGCAGAGAUGGUCGUACUAAAGUACACCAACUAUCUGGAGGUGUGGAGAUUGGGACAUACAAAUAAAACAUCACAAACCGAUGGUGAAAUCUUACCCCUACAGUCCAACCCAUUGAAGCUUGUUCAGUUAAAGAACAAAUCCAGUGAACCAAUUGUCUGUUUUGCGAUUAGUUCCCAUGGUAACUUGGUGGCCUUCUCGGACCAGGAUUCAAUACGAGCAUACAGACUUGUCAUUGAAAACAAGGAGUUGAUCAAUCCAACCGUGUCAAUAAAGAAACUGAAGCUGGACACGUGCGAGGAUUCCCGGAUACCUCUGCCUGCCCAUCACAUGGUGGUGUCCACCGACGGAGAAAAACUUGUUACAGCCACUGUAUGUGGGAAUGUCCAAGUACUACAUAUAGAAGAUGGCCACCUCAAGGUUGAACAUACUUUCCGUGAUUCCAAAGCUCGAGAUGACAGUAUCACUAUGAUGUGUCUCUGUCCGAACGAUCAACUGGUUGCUAUUGGCGAUAGCGGGAGAAAUGUUACUAUUUAUGACAUCAGUAAACAACAAGUAGUAUGCCAGUUGCCACAGUACAGUUGCCAGGUUACAGCGAUGGCCUUCACCCUGUCUGGGGAGACACUGGUGGCUGUCUACACUGACCAAAUGGUUUAUGAAUUCGAUAUAGCAGAGCAAGAAUACACUGGCUGGAGCAAAAAGAACUCCGCCAAGUUUCCUUCCCACUGGAAAAGGCGACACAGUAAAAUCAAUCAUGUGUUUUUUCUCUCCCAACAUCCCGACAAAAUUUUCCUCCAUGAUGAACAGACACUGUAUGUGCUGGACAAGUCAAAGUCAUUUCCCACAGAAGAGAUCAGACAAUUGAAGAAAGGAUCUUGGAGACAGGAUGGUGACAGAAAAAGUUUGGGGAACCAGAACGGCAAUGGAAGUAGCCAGCCCCUCAGUAUCUGUAAGAAAUACAAGUAUAUCCUACACAUAGAUGCCCUCGGCGACGACUGGCUGGUAACGGUAGAAAGACCUCCUGCUGCUAUCAACGACAACCUGCCAUCAACUCUCAAAACUAAGAAAUUUGGAACAUGAAAUCAAACUCUUAAAGCAGGAGUACAUACAUUGUCAUUUUACUGUGCAUUAGGAUUUCUCUUUGGACAUCAUCAGCCAAUGAAAUGUUGUAUCUCAUAUCUUCUCAUCCAAUCCUAACUGUUUACACAUCAUUUCUUGUAACAUUGAGAUUGUGAUUUUUUUUUUUUUUUUUUUUGAGGAGAAAUUAUUAAAAUGUAUACUUUGAAAUUAUCGAAUUUGUCAGUCUUCUAUAUAAAAGGGUUCAUAGUAUUGCAUUUUCGGGUGCUGUAUUCUUGAACUAGUGUCAAAGGCCAAAUGUUGGCACAUUGGAGAUCCACCAGGUGGCAAUCUUUUAUUAGUCCCCUACCAGUGAAACCAGGGGAACUAGAUUUCCUCCUCGUCCACCUGUCUGUCCGUCCGUCCAUCUGUCAGUCCGUCCUUUCAGUUGUCUGCACCUUUCUCAGUCAUGCUUCAAGAUAUGUUGGUGAAAGUGGGUAUGUAACUUCAGUAUGAGUAGCUACAGAUCAAGUUAGAGUUGUGGGUCUCCAUCCCCCUCUGGCUCUGGGGUACCACAAGCUUCAAAGAUACAAAAUGAAGAUGUCCUGCAUGAAUUGGACCAAAUUUAGUUGAAAACUUUUCAGAUGUAUAUCUUUUAAACUGAUGACAAGUUGACUAUGUCAUUCACAGGAGGAAUUAAAAAAACAACAAACAUCUGUCAAUAAGUUACUUAUAUUUUAAUCUUCAGCAGAGGGCUCUGUCUCUGCUUGCCAUUAAUUAUAAAUAAAAAUAGUUUAUAUGUAGAUACACAAGGAGAGACCAUUCAUCAUGUGAUGACACUCAUUCACAUACAGCUGGAUCAGUUCUAGCUUCUGGGCACCCAGGCUGUUACAGGUACCGGACAUAUUCCCUCACACCCAGGCUGUUACGAGUACUGGACACAUUCCCUCACACCCAGGCUGUUACGGGUUCUGGACACAUUCCCUCACACCCAGACAGUUACAGCUAUACACCCAGGCUGUUACGGGUUCUGGACACAUUCCCUCACACCCAGACAGUUACAGCUAUACACCCAGGCUGUUACAGGUAUUGGACAUAUUCCCUCACAACUAGGCUGUUACAUGUAUCAGACACAUUUCUUCACACCUAGGCGGUUACAUGUAUCAGACACAUUCCCUAAAACCUAGGCUGUUUUCAGCUAUACAUCCAGGCUGUUCCAGCUAUUAAGACACAUUCCCUCACACCUAGGCUGUUACAGCUAUACAUCCAGGCUGUUACGGGUACUGGACACAUUCCCUCACAGCUAGGCUGUUACAGCAAUUAGGCAAUUUCCCUCACACCUAAAUUGUUACAGCUAUACAUCCAGGCUGUUAUGGGUACUGAACACAUUCCCUUACACCCAGGCUGUUCAAAUUCUUAAACAGCACCCCACUUGCUCCACACUCAACUAGCACAAUACUUUUUUUUUGUUUAAUUUGAAUUGUAUACUCCCUCUCAUCUCUUACAUAUGCACGAACAUGCAAGCUUUAAGUGACCAAGCAUGUGUUAUUUACAGGUCACAGUGACCCCUCUCACCCACUCAAAUUGUAAUUUUUUUAGUGAUUUAUCGAGUGUUAUGUACAGGUCCCAUGUGACCUCUUACGUCCAUACAAGCUGUUUUAAGUGAUCGAGCAAGUAUUAUACAUCAUAAACGUCAAAGACCCUCUUUACUUACAAGCUGUCUGCACUGACGGAGCGUAAAAUACAAGUCACAGUGACCCAUCUCUCUCACUUACUUAAAUCUGUUUUCUAGAGACCCAAGCAGUGUCAAUUUUAGACUAGUGACCUCUCUCCCACCCACAAAUUGUCUAGUGACCAAGCGAGUGUCAUAUGCAAGUCGGUUACCACUUUCUCUCUCCCAUCCAAUAGUCUAGUGACCUAGCCAGUUUUGUACUCAAAUCGGUAACCUCUACCUUUCCUACUCACAAGUCACUUGGUGACCUAGCGAGUGUCGUACACAAGCUUGGGUUACGUCUUUCUCACUUCCACCCACAGGUUGUCUAGUGACCUCGGGAGUGUCGUUUACAAGUCGGUUAUCCCCCUCUAUUUCUCCCACCAAAGUGAGUGUCAUAUACAAGUCGAUUGCCUCUCUCUUUCUCAUUCACAAGUCACUUGGUGACCUAGCGAAUGUCGUAUACAAUUCGGUUACCUCUCUUUCCCACUCACAAGUCGCUUGGUGACCUAGCGAGUGUCGGUUACCCCGUCUAUUUCUCCCACCAAAAAGUCGUCUAGUGAUCUUGUGAGUGUCGUAUACAAGUCGGUUACCUCUCUAGCCCUCACAAGUCGCUUGGUGACGUAGCGAGUGUCGUAUACAAGUCGGUUACCUCUCUUGCCCUCACAAGUCGCUUGGUGACCUAGCGAGUGUCGUAUACAAGUCGAUUACCUCUCUCUUUCCCACUCACAAGUCGCUUGGUGACCUAGCGAGUGUCGUAUACAAGUCGCUUGGUGACCUAGCGAGUGUCGUAUACAAGUCGAUUACCUCUCUCUUGCCCUCACAAGUCGCUUGGUGACCUAGCGAAUGUCUGUCCAAGUUUGUGACCGCUCUCUCCCACACACAAAGCAUGCAGUGAGAAAAUGAUAUGCACCCAAAGUGUUCAAAAGCAAGAUGGAAAGUCAUGACUGGCCUGGACAAGACUGGUGACAUGUCAAAUGAAUGAUAUCUCAGGUUAACAAUCAGGGGAUGAACGGGACCAUCAGAAAAAUAUCUCUUAAAAGUUUGACCAACAAUAUUAGCUUAGAUUGCCUUUCAUUCAAAUCUUAAUGGUUGGUGUUUCGGUUUGCUUAUAUUACAUACUAGUUGUGCUGCACAACAUUUUGCCAAUUAUUCUUCUGAAAAGGCAGAAUGAACUACAAUUUUGCGGUGUUUGAGAUGUAGUUAUUUUUUACUAAUGAAGUUAGCCAAUCUAACAUGCGUCCACCAUCUUGGAACAAACCAGUCGAAAAUGUGUUGCUGAAAAUCAUUGUAUGGCACAUAACAGUUUGUGUAGUUGAUGACUCGCCACUGUCAAAUGACCUUGAAAGGUCAAAUGUGAUGACCAGUGCAGAAUCACAAAGGCUUAACAAUAAUCAUUGUUAAAUGUUUCACUUCUUUAAAAAUAUCAACAACUUAAACCAAAAGACAUUACCUUUAUCUUCUGGGCCUAAACCUGUAACAAUGUUAAUUCAUAAUCUAACUUCCUGUCAAAAAUAUUCAUCAAUAAGAAUUAUACAUAUGAAAAAAAAAUGUUUUAGCACAAUAAGAUGUGCUAAUCUUCAAAUUCUUCAUUUUAAAUAAGAAAUUAAACAAGAGACCCCAGAGGGAUCUUGGAGCCCACCAUCGGAAGACUGAAUUAUUUGAUUUCUGUAAGACUGACCUUUUCUCUACUUCAUUUCUCCCUCUUCAUUUGAAAACAAUAGUGACCUACAUAAUAAAUCUGUGAAAGGUCCAUCAAGAACUCUGUGAUAAAUAUGGUUAACAAACUUCAACUAAUACAAGAGGAAUCUAAAUGAAAUUUGAGAAAUAUCCAUGAAGAACUCAAAAUGUAACAAACACAACUAGGGACCAAGGGGAACCUACGAGUGAAAUUUGAGAAAGAUCCAUGAAGAAAUACCAAUAACAAACUUGUACUUUUAGAAUUCAAAAUGGCCACACCUGUUUUGAUCCGUCUCAAAAUGGAAUUUGCACAAUUCAGCACCAAGGGGAACCAACAGGUGAAAUUUGAGAAAGAUCCAUGAAACUUUCUGAGAAAUAGCGAUAACAAUCUUCAGGCCAUCUUGUUUUUGUCAAAAUUCUGAACGGCCACCUGUCGGCCAUCUUAUUUUCAUAUCCUUCUCAUAAUGGAAUAUUCACAACUACAGACCAAGAUGAACCUACGUAUGAAAAUGGAGAACAGCCGGACGAAGAGCGAUUUGAAUAAUACUAUCAUUAAUUUGUCUUUGGUAAGAUAUAAGAGCCAGCUGCUAUGUAAAGAAUAUGCUAUCCGUUCCAGUAUCCGUUCGAGUUGGGUUUAUACUCGAUGUUAGCGUGUUAAAGGGGAAAUUUUGUCACAUAACUACAUUCUAACAAACGACCCUUAAAAUAACUUACAGAAUGGUUGAGUGGUACCCUCUAACGACAACCUUGGAUGACUCCAUACCAAGUUAUAGGUACUGCAGAUGAAGAUAAUGUCUAAUGACGGCGAGUGUGUCCAGUUAAAACCAUAUUCUCGACAAAAACAAAACACUUUAUAUAACAUAUAGGGGCAUUAGAAUGAAAUAACAACACUUGUAACAAAUUUAACAAGCAAUUCUGUACACACUUUCAAAACACAUUCGGGCUGUGCAUUGAGAAUUGUAUACAACCAUCCAUCUUUAUCAGACAACUUUGAUGCUAAAAACAGCCAGUUACAACUAACAAAAAGCAAGUUAUGUCAGUUUUAUUUAAAACAUCUUGAUGAAUACUUUCAAAUGAAAAUGCAAAAACAUAUCAGUGCUAUAAGUAAAAAAAAAAAAAAAAAAGGAAAAAAAAAAAAAAAAAAAUACAACAGAGAAAUAAAUUAAACAUUUUUUUUUCUAUCAGAAAAAUAUGGGAAUUGUCUCCCUUUUUCCAAGUAUAUAAUUAUAUUGUACAGUAAAACAACGUGAAUAGGUGUUCUUCAUUUAAACUGAAGAUACAUUUUUUUUCUCCAUACAAAAGAAACUUUAUUACAAUUUGUAACAUACAGUUUCAACAUAAGAAAGUCACUUUUAGCAACUUUUAAAAAUCUAUACUGGAUGGUUGUCCAUAUUGAAAAUCAACUAUCAGUUUUACAGGAGUAUGAACAUAAAGAACAGAAGUUUGAACUAAUUUUCACAAAAUGACUUUGUGCCAUAAUACAGUAAUCGCGUAGUGAAUGCAAAGACACCACUACCACUAAAAUGCCUUCUAAAAAUAGCUCUGAAUUCUUGCACUUUGCAGUGCAGUUAAAUAAAUCAGCAGGAAAUCUAAGAUUGGCUUAAACAAUUAACAAAUAUUUCCAUAGCCUGAAAUUUAAAAGCAACAAAAUUUCAGCAACAACAAAGUAUCAUUCUUGACCUGAUUUAAUUAUUAUAUGUAUACGAGAUGAAUCCUGAAUGAGUUGAGAAAUAGUAUUUUCCACAAUCCCCAGGAAUUCAUUACAAGCAAAUUUGAUUGUAAAACUGUUCAUUGUUGAAAGGGGGCAAUUUUUUUUUUAGAUGGAUCAUGGCCAAAACUGACUUUGUGAGAAUUGAUUCAAACAAUGAAUGGACUAACAGAUUUCAGAAGAAUGGGCCUUUUUUUUAAUGUUGUUACAUGAAAACGGGGUUAGGGAGCAUCUACAAUUAUUGCGUUUGAUUUUAAAGUAAGUUCUACAACAGCUACUUCUAGACUUUACAUGGGGCAGCAAAUACGAUCAUACUUCAAUUCAUUUCACAUCGAUGUUUUGUCCGUUCAUUCAUGGAUGUUUUUGUCUGUUCAUUCAUGGAUGUUUUUGUCUGUUCAUUCAUGGAUGUUUUUAUCUGUUCAUUCAUGGAUGUUUUUAUCUGUUCAUUCAUGGAUGUUUUUGUCUGUUCAUUCAUUAACAUGGAUGUUUUUGUCUGUUCAUUCAUUAACAUGGAUGUUUUUAAUUUGUCUAUUCAUUAAUUUAACAUGGAUGCUUUUGUCUGUUCAUUUAUUAAUAUGGAUGUUUUUGUCUGUUCAUUAAUUAAUACGGAUGCUUUUGUCAGUUCAUUAAUUUAACAUGGAUGUUUUUGUCUGUUCAUUCAUUAACAUGGAUGUUUUUGUCUGUUCAUCUAUUAACAUGGAUGUUUUCGUCUGUUCAACCUUUGCAUUAUUUUACAGCCGCUUCCAUUUCAUGCCGUAUAUAAUUCACUCUCUCAUAUACAGUUAUCACCCCAUUCUGAACCUCCAUAGUACAUGUGACCAAUAUGCCAUGUCUAAGCUGCACCCGUCACUAAGGCUUAGAGAACAGUUAAGUAGACUUUCAGUGAUGUUUGUAAUUUAAUGCUAGAUAUCCAAAUAAAGCAAGUUUUCAACAAUGUGUAUUUCCUAUCAUGAAAAAAAAAUCCUAUUGAGACUAUCAUGCUCGCUUAGCUUGGGAGCUGUUGCACAUGUGUGCAUUGCAACCCAAAUU